CCUGCGCCAAAGGGGCGGGCCUGGGAAGCUCCCACAGUGCUCAGGCCAGGGCUCCCGCCGCGGGCCGCGAAGAUGGCUCGGCUCCUCCUCCAAGGACUGUCCAGGCUGGGCUGGAGGGAGCUGCCUUUCGGGGCCGUGCAUCGUGGCGCCCGUGUCUGCCUCGGCCCGAGGAGAGCCGGUCACCAGGACGUCGGAUCUUUCAAGAAGCAUGGUGAGCCAGCCACUGACUGGAAAAAGAAAUUGACUCCAGAACAGUACUACGUCACUAGAGAAAAGGGAACAGAACUGCCCUUCAGUGGAGACCUAUUGAAUAAUACAGAGUCAGGAAUAUAUCACUGUGUUUGCUGUGACAGCCCACUGUUUAGUUCUGAAAAAAAAUUCUGCUCAGGUACCGGGUGGCCUUCAUUCACGGAGGCUUAUGGCACAUCUGGCUCAGAUGAAAGUAAAAGCAAUAUCCUGAGGCGACCAGACUACUCCCUGGGAUCAGCUCGAGUGGAGGUUGUUUGCAAACAGUGUGAAGCUCACUUAGGCCAUGUGUUUCCAGAUGGGCCUGAACCUAUUGGACAGAGAUUUUGUAUCAACAGUGUGGCACUGACAUUUAAACCGAAUUUAAACUGAUCAACUCAAAAUCUGAAGAGGCGAAACAUGGUUUAGGGGAAGGAAUACUGCAUUCAAUGUCAGGAGAAUUGAAGGUUGAAAUCUUAAUCAGAGCCAAAUAAAUCCCUAAACUUUUUUGAGCUUCAGUCUCUUCAUCUAUAAAAUGGAAGUGAUAGUUCCUGUACUACCUAUUUUCAGUGUAAAAUUACAAUGACAUAUUUUUAAGUAAAGUUCUUUGUGAGCUUUAAAAGGCUACAUAAA